AUGAAGCAGGCGGCAGUCCAUGCGAAGGCCGAAUACUUCAACUCCAAACCCGGGCCUUCGGCUCGGAAGGAGGAAUCGGCACCAAAAGUUAUCCAGGCCGAACCGACGACCCGUCGGCAGGACACAAACGGAAGGACGACCGGGAUAGCCGUCAGGGAAAUUCAAAGAAAGGGACGUGGGAAGUACGGUCGUAACGACCACCGGGCGCCCCUACCGAAUCACGAUCGUGCUCAGGAAGUCUUCACCCUGCUGAACACGACGUACGAAACCGUUCUAAUGAACGAACUGAUCUUUGCCGAUGCGUUCAAAGGACUGGGGAUUGCCGACAGCAUGGUCAAUCGGCAAAUCACGCCUCUCCUCAGUUUCUCUGGAGAUCUGGUACAACGGUCGGUAGCAUCAGUCUACCCAUCGCCUUCGGCGUGGCCCCCAGGAAGACCAUGA